AGUCGUCCAAAAUAUAAAUAACAUUUUAUGUAUACAUCGAAACGAAGAGAGUAAUAAUAUAAAUAAAAAAAACAAAAAAAGAAUACCACCGCAAAAAUUCUUCCAAAGAACAUUCACAAGAAGAAGAAAAAAAAAAGUGGGGAAACAGAGCAGGGGAUAUCAACAAAGCAAUGAGGCUAUGGAGAAAGGUUUCCGGGUUGUUGAAAGAUCAAAAUAGCAUAUGGAUUGCUAGCUUAUCACGACGAACAUCUCUCCGGAAUCCAGAUAUCGAGGCAGCUGUAAUCAAAGCUACGAGCCACGAUGAAUUCUCCAUGAACAUGAAGAACGUUGAUCGCGUUUUUAGAUGGCUACGUUUGUCAUCGACAAAUCUCAAGCCCCUCAUUUGGGCUAUAUCCGUAAGAGCAGAGAAAACGAGGAGUUGGGUUGUUGCAAUUAAAGUUUUAAUCUUAAUGCAUGGCCUUUAUAGCACUCGGCUCCCUUGUGUCCAAAGAAUUGGAAGGUUACCAUUUGAUCUCUCCAAUUUUGAAGACGGGCAUUCAAGAAAAUCAGAAGAAAUGCAUGGGAUUAAUGCGUUCAUUCGAGCUUAUUUCGCGUAUCUUGAUAAAAAAACGGAUAUUCUCUUCAUGGAAUUGGAGGAAAAAAGAAGCAUGGUGAAAUUCAACAACAACAUGGUGGUGCACAAUCUUGAAAAUGAAGAAAAAGAGAAUUAUUCUAUGGUUCAAGAUCUUGUUUUGGUUCAAAAAUUGCAAACUUUGCUCGAUAUGUUGCUUGAGACUAGGCCAUUAUCGGAUUGUGCUAUUGUCCCUCUUGUCCUCGAGGCAAUGGACUGCGUUAUGACAGAGAUUUUCGACGUUUACAGCAGGAUUCGCUUUGGGAUUGCUCGUAUUUUAUCGAAGAUUAAUUCAGUUGGCAAAGUUGAAGCCACUAUGGCUUUAAAAAUCAUAAAAAAGGCGAAUAUCCAAGCCGAAGAAUUAUCUCUAUAUUUCGAGUUUAACCGAGAUAUAGGGGUGAGAAAUGCAGAAGUUUGUCCAAUAGUGGACCAAAUACCAGAUGAAGAAAUCAAAGAACUUGAAGAAAUCAUCAAUGGGGUUUCAGAUAAAUCUGAAAAGAACGAUGAAAUGGAUCGAGCCAUCGUGAUUCAUGAUAAUCUUGGAGAAAAAAAGGACUCUGAAAGCAAAUUGAAGACGAUAAUUACUGAUCGUUGGGAGACUUUUGAUGAAGGAACUGCAAUAGUAAAAUAUACACCAAAAAUAAAUCCUUUUGCAGAUUAUUCGGUACCUACUAGCUCGACUAAUACUGUACCUGUUAAACCUCAAGAAUUACCGGAUUUAAUUAGCUUCUAGAAGCAGUGAUCACUGCAAAAUUCUUGAUUUUCCAUGGCUGAACAUAAAAUGUAAUGUGGAACAAAAGCUUAUAGUAUCAAACAAGAGAGAAAAGAGGCAUUUUGUUUACUCCAAUAUAUGCAUAUUUAUAUAUAAUAUCUGAACUUAUGUAGAUAGAAAAUUUUCAAAUGAAAUAUUGUCAUGUUAUGUGUGUUAUA